UCCAAGGGGUCUCUGCCUCAGUGCGUAAAGUUGGGACGGGGCUCCGGACGCACCGCGCAGCACUUAUUAUCCCACUGGAUCCAUGUGCGUCACCUCUGCGGGAUACUCGACGAGGAUUUCUGAUAUUUUGAUACCACUACCCGCGCGUCCCUGACAGAUGAAAACAUUGGGCAUUUUGCUGAUGUGAAGGCGCGUUUUCCCUGGAACAGAUCAUCUGUCCCGGUGCGCAGAGGGGACAUGGGUCAACUUUAUGGUGCGACUCUUUUACCAUUUGGCGCUAUCUGUGUUGUUUUCCUGUGGGAAUCUGGUGCCAGCUCUAUCAGGGCGACGCUUGCAGUCGACACCUCGAGAACGGAGUGUCCAGAUGAUAAGAUCGUGACCGUGGAGUAUCCUUGUGUCAGAGCUGGGGGGAAGAACAGCACUUGUUUCAGGAGGAAAUGCUGUGACGGAUUCAGGCUUGUGAUGGGCCAGUGCAUACCUGAAAGUGUGGAUGUGUGUGCAGCGUCGCCCUGCGAGCAACAGUGCACUGAUAACUUUGGGCGAGUUGUCUGCACGUGUUACGCCGGCUAUCGCUUCGACCGAGAGAGGCACCGCAACCACAAGUCUCCUUACUGUCUGGACAUUGAUGAGUGUGAGCACCCAGGCGGCAGCUUGUGUGACCACGAGUGUGUGAACACAGUGGGCAGCUUCCUGUGUCACUGUCACAGUGGCUACAUACUCGCACCGGACCAACGCUCCUGCAUCCCUGUACACAACUUGAGUUCAUCGGGGAAGUCAGACACCCUGAUGAGUGCUGGUACCUGCUCCUUCACCUGUGAGGAUUUUAUGAACAUGAAAAACAGUCUGCUGCAGCUAAAGCUAAGGCUGGGCAACACACAGUCACCCAACCAGGUACCUGACCUGGCCAACAGCAGUGACAAGCCUUCUCUGGGGAGGGCGGGAAAAAGUCCUGAUAGCCCUUGUCUUCCUGGUCUACCCGGUCCUCCGGGAGCUCCUGGGGUCCCAGGACACCCAGGAGAACCGGGAAAGAGAGGGGACCCAGGGGACAGGGGCCCGCCUGGUCCACGGGGAGACAUGGGACCCAUGGGUCCAGAGCCUGACCUGAAGCAUGUAAAAAGAGGCCGCAGGGGCGCAGUGGGACCCCCCGGGGCAGCAGGAAGAGAUGGACUGAAGGGUGACAGAGGAGCUCCUGGUCCCAUAGGUCCACCUGGACCGCCCGGCUCCUUCGACUUCCUCCUGCUGAUGAUGGCUGACAUCCGCAAUGACAUCAUUGAACUGCAGGAGAAGGUGUUCGGGGAGCGCCGGGGCAUCUCCCUGGACAGCCCUCCUCAUUCCAGCGGGGAAAUGGAUUUUGUGGAAUGGGGCUCUGGACAAGGAGAUCUCCUACUGAGCACCUGACCCACUUUUUGCCGCCCCCCUCUCCCCACCCCACAGCAACAGCCACUUGGCAAACCCUGCAAAACAAACUCCACACUCUUGACUCUUUUGUUUCCUCGUUGAUAAAGGAUGCUGGUGUUCAAGGAGCCGACAUGUAAAUAGACCAAAAUCAACCACACAGCCGGGAUGAACUGGGCGAGGAGCCUCGAUUGCAUUCUCGACACUGCCACGGACAGUGAAACAGAGAGAUGCAUGGAUUAUUAAAAAAUGGAAAUCGGACGCUCUUAGCCACUGCCAGCGCCGGCUGGCGGCCUUUCACGUGCUGCAGUGUGAGUGUGAGCGAUGUGUGUGCAGGACAUGUAGAGUGAGAAAGAUGCAGCAUCUGCCUUCACAUCUGAGUCUCUUAGCUCGAACCACUUCAAACGAUGAACUUUAUCGUCUGCAUCUCUUCCUGUUUCUGAGUCUGCCUCGUUGGAAGCUCUGCUGCCUCCGAGGGUUGGCCCGCAGGGCGUUGGUACAAAGACAGAGGACCAGAGGACCAGCGCUGCGAGCCUCCCCCUGCACCCUCGGUUCUGAGCUCUGCAGCUCCUCUGUACUCUGAGGCAUCUUCAGACGCUAACUCAUGAGAUUCAUGAGAGUAUUACAAUACCAAUCCUGCACUGUUGGACAAAAAUGUGUGAUGUCUGAUGUAUUUUCCUAAAUUGUACAAUUAAACGACUCAAGCUUAAGUAUGGUAAACAAAAAAUGCAAAUGUUCAUCUGGGUAUAAUCUGAGAGAGAUGUUAAAAGUGUGAGACAUCCAAUCCUUUGACAGUGCAUUUUAAAUAAUGUGCUGGUAUCUGUGGCUGAGAAAUAACGUGCAGUAUUAAAUCUUACACUAAAAGGUUGAAAUUGAAAGGAUAAAAUGGAUUAAUGCAUUGGGAAAGGUCCAGGGAGACAGGGAAUGCCUUUUUAAAUUGUCCUUCAACCCAUAAAUUAUCAGGCGAGUUGACUGUGUGAACAUAUUCCUAAUCAGAGAAAAUGGCCUGAAGGGAACAGUUUCAGUGGGACGAGGGUAUAUUCUCAUACCAGAAACAAGAGAAUGAAGAAGGAAGUUUUUUUCUGUUUUUUUUUUGCCAACAAGGGCUAACGAGCUGCUCAACAAAGAAAAUAAA